AAUUGGUGUCACCGGCGACUCUCAGUCUCAAGUUAACGAUUGGCGAACCAAGAAGCCCCAUUCAGAGUCAACCGCGCUUAUUUUAUCCAAAUUAGUGAUAUUCAUUAAAACGAAUGGCGCUCGACACAGAAGUAGCUGGAGAUGGUGCAACGUAUGCACAUUAUGUAUACAAAAAGGAUUUUCGCACAGCUCUUCCCCAAUUUUUAGCUGUGAGCGUAAAGAACCUUCUAUUACUGGGCUAUGGCAUGACCUUGGGUUUUACGACUAUACUUAUUCCCGCUGUCGAGAAACCAAAAGAGGGCGAAGUUUUAUAUUUAGAAAAAUCUGAGAUUUCUUGGAUAAGUUCAAUAAACUUGAUAGUCGUGCCACUGGGGUGUGCAGUAUCCGGCAUAGUCACGACACCCAUUGGUCGCCGACGUUCUAUGCAAGUUGUGAACCUUCCAUUCUUUAUAGCUUGGUUACUAUUUCACUUCUCAACCAGUACCGGACAUUUAUAUGCAGCUCUGUUUUUAACGGGUUUAGCUGGAGGUCUCCUUGAAGCACCUGUACUAACGUAUGUGGCAGAAAUAACACAACCACAUCUUCGAGGUGCCUUGACAGCUACUAGUUCUAUGUGCAUACUAAUUGGAGUUUUCACACAGUUUCUGUUUGGUCUCUUUAUGUACUGGAGGACAGUGGCACUCGUUAACAUUAUAUUCACAAUCUUGGCCGUUAUAGCAUUAUGUUUUGUUCCUGAAUCUCCACAUUGGCUGGUUGCUAAGAAACGUUACGAAGAUGCUAGAAAGAGCUUGCAAUGGCUUCGUGGAUGGACAGGUCCACAUGUCGUGGAACAAGAGUUGCAGGAUAUCAAAGCUCUAUUCAAAAGAGGAAAAGAUGUUGAUAAUACGGAAGAAACGUUGUCAGAAAAGGUAUAUCAGUAUUGUAGAAGAAGUUUCUUACUGCCAUUUUUUCUCGUCAGUUUUUCCUUCUUUGUUGGCCAUUUCAGCGGCAUGACAACUUUACAGACAUAUGCAGUAUCCAUAUUUCAGAUGCUCGAAGCGCCUAUUGAUAAAUACUACGCCACACUCAUCCUCGGAAUUCUGCAAAUACUUGGCUCCGGUGCCUGUGUGCUAUUAGUGCACUACACCGGAAAGAGACCUCUCGCAUUCUUCUCCACGGGCGUCGCUGGUAUAUGCUGUAUCUUAGUGGCCAUCUACGACUUAUACGCUCGCACUCACAUUAUGAGCGGAGUAUCUUUGAACGCAGAAAGAGUUGUUACUGAUGUCAAUGCCACUCUUACCAGUGAAACUGAAGUCUUCGUGAAAAAUCCUUAUUCAUGGAUGCCAACAACAUUUCUCAUGGUACUGGCAUUGGCCACGCACACAGGCAUUCGGUUGCUCCCUUGGAUCUUAAUUGGAGAGGUAUUUAAUGCCAAAACGAGAUCCGGUGGUGCCGGAUUAGCGAGUGCUGUAGGAUAUAUAUUUGGUUUUCUAACUAAUAAAAUGUACAUUUCGAUGGUGGAUACCCUAUCCAUUUGGGGAACGUAUGGAUUUUACGGUAUUGUAUCCUUAAUGGGAUGCACGGUGCUAUAUUUUAUUUUACCAGAAACAGAGGGAAAGAAGUUAAAUGAAAUUGAAAACCAUUUCACCGGAAUUAGAAAGUUGACAAAUCAAGUAUACCGGUCGAAGAGAAGACCACAAAACGAGGUGUCAAAAAUGCAAGAAAUGAAAGGGGCAACAAAUCCAACAUUCGAAAACGACACUCUGAAUAUCUAAAUUGUGUUCUAGUAUAUUGUAAUUUAAUUGGUAAAUAAAAAUACAGUAAUGAGUAUUAUACACUGUUUCAGUAAUUUUGUUGUUGACUCCGUAACCUAUGAAAUAAAUAAUUGUAAUUAGAGGUUUGAGUCAGCUAUAACAACAAAGUGAAGCAAACGCAAUCAGAAAAUAAAUAGGA